AUGGUUGACGUUCCAACGACAACCGCUGGCCCGAAGGCCAAGUCGGGCAAGAAGCCGACCAAUAACCAGCGAAGACUCGACAAGCUAGAGGGUCAGCUGCGAGACAUCCAGUUUGGUCAGGUGAAGCAGAAUGCGCAAAUUGCAGCCAUCAAGUUCAAGCUUGAGUCUCUCCAGAGCGGACUCGACCGCCACCAGGCUGCUCUUGAGGCCUUAGCUUUAUACGCUGAGUUGGUCCAUCAAAUUCUCGCGGGCAAGACCGACAAGUAG